AUGGCUAAGUUUGCUUCCAUCGUUUCCCUUCUUUUCGUUGCUCUUGUUCUUUUUGCUGCUUUCGAAAAACCGGCAGUGGUGGAAGCACAAAAGUUGUGCCAGAGGCCAAGUGGGACGUGGUCAGGAGUCUGUGGAAACAAUAACGCAUGCAAGAAUCAGUGCAUUAACCUUGAGAAAGCACGACAUGGAUCGUGCAACUAUGUCUUCCCAGCUCACAAGUGCAUCUGCUACUUCCCAUGUUAAUUUGUCCACAAACUCUUUGGUUAAUUGUGUGUAUCUUAAAUAAAAUAAGUAUGUGUCACUAUCAAUGAGUGACUUUAUGACAUGUACCAGAUAUGUUUAUGUUGGGUGGGUUAUAAUAAGAAAGUUUACCGUACCAUAAAAUAGCAUAGACUGAAUGCAUAUUUCCG